CAGUGCGAGCCGCUAGUUUGGCUCGGGUCUAGGUCUCCAGUAAGUGGCAUGCGGGACUCCGGCGAGAUCCCAAUGAGCUGAGCCGACAGCCUUUGUGUGCGCAGGAGGAGGCGGCGGCCGCCUGGCUGGAGACCCCGCCCGGGGAGCCCCGGCAGGAACAAUGCUAGCCUGCCUGACCAGGGGGAACUUACUGGACGUCCUGCAGGAGGGCUUCAAUGAGCAACAGCUGCAGGCCUACGUGGCCUGGGUGAACGCACAGCUGAAGAAGAGACCAGCGGUGAAGCCUGUGCAGGACCUGCGACAGGAUCUCCGGGAUGGGGUGGUCCUGGCGUAUCUCAUCGAGAUUGUUGCAGGAGAAAAGCUGAAUGGGGUACAGUUGAGUCCUAGUAACCAACAGGAGAUGAAGAAUAACGUGGAGAAAGUGCUACAGUUUGUAGCCUCCAAAAAGAUUCGUAUGCACCAGACUUCGGCUAAAGAUAUUGUCGAAGGAAACCUGAAGUCUAUUAUGAGGCUGGUCCUUGCCUUGGCAGCACAUUUCAAACCUGGCGCUAGCAGGAUGGUGAGCCAAGGACACGACUCCAGAGCCCCUCUGCAGAGCCACCAACCACACUGUGCCACUGCUGUGGCCCAGGGAGCAGCUGCUGCUCUGGCCGACGUGUGUCAUGACAUGUCACGGUCGGGUCGGGAUGUCUUUCGCUACCGCCAGAGGAACAGCAGCAUGGAUGAGGAGAUUGAGAACCCAUACUGGAGCGUGCGGGCCCUGGUGCAGCAGUACGAAGGGCAGCAGAGAUCCCCCUCCGAGUCCAGCUGCUCCAGCCUGACUUCACCCAGUCCCAUCCACAGUGCAAAGAGCGAAUCCAUUAUAACGCAGUUGGAGGAGAAAGCAGAUUUUGUGGUUAUUCCCUCUGAAGGAAUAGAGAACAGAACAGAGGAGACAGACUCUCCAUUAUCCCGAGACUGGCAACCAGGGAGCCCUGGAACCUAUCUGGAGACCUCAUGGGAAGAACAGCUGCUGGAACAACAAGAACAUUUAGAAAAAGAAAUGGAGGAAGCAAAGAAAAUGAUAUCAGGACUACAGGCCUUACUGCUCAACGGAUCCUUACCAGAAGAUGAACAGGAGAGGCCCUUGGCCCUCCGGGAACCAGGAGUCAAUCCUGAGGAACAACUGAUUAUAAUCCAAAGUCGUCUGGAUCAGAGUAUGGAGGAGAAUCAGGACCUAAAGAAGGAGCUGCUGAAAUGUAAACAAGAAGCCAGAAAUCUACAGGGGAUUAAGGAUGCCUUGCAGCAGAGAUUGACUCAGCAAGACACAUCUGUUCUUCAGCUCAAACAAGAAUUAUUGAGGGCAAAUAUGGACAAAGAUGAGCUGCACAACCAGACAGUGGAUCUGCAAAGGAAGCUGGAUGAAAGGAACCGGCUCUUGGGAGAAUACAAAAAAGAGCUGGGGCAGAAGGAUCGCCUCCUUCAGCAGCACCAGGCCAAGUUGGAAGACGCACUCCGGAAGCUCUCUGAUGCCAGUUACCAACAGGUGGAUCUAGAACGGGAGCUAGAACAGAAAGAUGUCCUUCUGGCUCACUGUAUGAAGAGAGAGGCAGACGAGGUGACCAACUACAACAGUCACAGCUCUCAAAGCAAUGGUUUUCUCCUCUCAGCGGCAGGAAAAGGAGCUGUUUCCAUCAACCACAGAGGGACCAGUGACCUGCAGCUUGUCCGAGAUGCUCUCCGUAGCCUGCGCAACAGUUUCAGUGGCCAUGAUCCUCAGCACCACACCAUUGACAGCUUGGAGCAGGGCAUCUCCAGCCUCAUGGAGCGCCUGCAUGUCAUGGAGACACAGAAGAAACAAGAGAGAAAGGUUCGGGGCAAGUCACCCAGAACUCAAGCAGGUGGUGAAUACCGGGAGUCCUGGCCCCCUAAUUCAAAGUUGCCUCACUCACAGAGCUCACCAACUGUCAGCAGCGCCUGCACUAAAGUGCUCUAUUUCACUGACCGGUCACUUACGCCCUUCAUGGUCAAUAUACCAAAGAGGUUGGGAGAGGUGACAUUGAAGGAUUUUAAAGCAGCUAUUGAUCGCGAAGGGAAUCACCGGUAUCACUUCAAAGCACUGGAUCCUGAGUUUGGCACUGUCAAAGAAGAGGUUUUCCAUGAUGAUGAUGCUAUCCCUGGAUGGGAAGGGAAAAUUGUAGCCUGGGUGGAAGAAGACCAUGGAGAGAAUUAAUGCUGAGCAUUAGAUUGAGGGCUUGUGAAAUCUGGUCACUCCCUGGCUGUUUUACUCAGGAAAGGGACUAAAACCAGAAUAUGCUAGGAAGUUUCUAUAAUUCAUGCUGCCAAAACAGAAGCUUCUCCAAGUGUGAUGGCCGCAGGCCAGUCUUGUUUCUGUGCCUGGCAUAUCUGGUACCAUGGUUUCAUCUGGAGUUCCUUGUCCGUGGGAACACAGUGUUUUGUUCUACUCUGAAGAUAACAAACCCGAAGGCCUUAACAAGUGGGGAUGGAUGAUCUCGCUCCUGUAGGGGCAUGGCUGCUAUUAUCUGGAACCUGGGAAUUGGAUGCAUCACUCCUGGGUGUUAUGGUAUUAUUUUAAUUGGCCUCAAUGGUUGCAGCAAUCAGAGUCCCAGCAAUUGUACUCACAGACAAGGCAAAGGUACCAGCUUCUCUGCUUCUUUGCAGCUAUUGCAAACCAAGAAUAACUCAUGAGGUGGUACCAAAGAUGAAAGCCCACUCUUCAGUAAUCUUUUGAACUGGACACAGAUGGUGCUGAAUUGUUGAUUGGAUGGAAAGGGCUGCCCAUAUUGUGCUAUACUAUGCUAAAUAAUUAAAGAAGACCUUGGGCUGCCUCUUCCAGUCUUAACUGGUCUGCAGCUUGUCCUUUAGCCCAGAUAGGGCGUGUUUCAUGUACUGCUAGUUUUCUCUGGGGACUCUUUAACUUUAGAGCCAUUUAUUUUUCUUCAAACCAAUGAACUUUGUGUUUGAAAGGAAUGAGGAGUAAAAGACUCCUUAAAAAUCCAGGCGGGUAUGGAAAGGUGCUGCUACCCAUAUCUUCUUGACUUUCUUUGUUCAUGACUUUAACUCAUGGCAUCUUCUCUGCAGUUCAAAGGAGACAGACCAUUACUUUCAGUAUUUCUUUGUGACUUUUGAGUACUGAGCAUGAAUUACUGGUCUGCCCCUCUUUAUUUCAAGGCUGGAGUUAUUUUCUAUUACCUGUUUAGUCUAGGCUGAUCCUUUAGGGCACAAUAGAAACCAUGGAGGCAUGGAGUAUGAGUUGUGAAGGCAGGGUUGAUUCUGGGUGUAGAAACUUAGAAUCAUUUUUCAUGUGCAACCUUGUGAAGCAGAGAAGCAAAAAGAAUUCAACUUCCAGAGAUAACUUAGUAACCUGGGUUUUCUCAUUCAUCCACUAGGCACUGUCAACCAUCCAACCAUUUUUAUUUAUAUAUAUAUUCCCCAAAGUGUUCUGCUGGUGGCUACCAAUGUACACUGCCAAAUGAAGAGCAGGACAGAUCAGUUCUGGGUUCUUGACCUGUCUGUCUCCAGUUCAUGUCUCCUUUUCAGCCAUUUCAACAGACUACUCUUUGGAGCUCUGAGCAGACAUUUGUUGUUUUAUAUAGAUAGGUCUUUUAAAAAUAGUUCAUGUUUGGAGAAUUCUUUUGUACUCAUUUGCUUUUUUGUCUGAAAACCAUGUCUAUUUUUAUAACUGGAGUGUGAGUUCUGUAUAUUCUCACAUUCUGUAUACUGUAUCCAUUUUCUAGAGAACCCAGUAGCUUUUAUACAGUCUCUUCUUACCACCCCUUGUGGUUUCAAAACAAGCUUUAUUUUAUUAUUACAAGUAUACUAAUGACAGCUAAUUCCUGUUCCAGUACUACCUGUCACUUUAGUUGUGGAGGUAGUUUUAUGUAAUCCAGUUGACUGCUCCUCUAGCAGACAGAAGGAGCAAAAAGACACCUGUUGUCUUUCAUGUAAGUUGACCUGGUCUUCUAUUGAAGAAUGAAUUGUCAUCAGAAAUGACUGGGAAAGUUUGGGAAUGUCCGCCAAAAAACAAGAACAAUUCAUUAUGAAAGCAAGCCGAAAACAGUGUAUUUACAGCUUUUUCCCAGAAAGUCUGGAGAAAAAGUCCUCAUGUCACCAAUUUCUCUGUUGCAUGAAUUUAGUGUUUUGCUCUAAGACAGCAUGAGAGUUUUCAGGCCAAAAUUCGUCACUGUAUUUCCAAGUAUAAUUGAUCUUGAAUGUCUGUCUAACAGUUUUUGUCCAUUUUCUUUUAGCAAGCAGUCUUACCAUUAUGUGGAACUUAACUUUUUGGAGAAAUUAAAUUGGAAAUGUUUCCAAGUCCUCCUUACUUGUCUUAUAUCUCUUUUUAGAAAAGGAGCUGCAUGGCCUCAGUGCCUCAAUACAAAUCUCAUGUGCCAUGGGAAAUGACUAAGAAUCCCUUCCUAGAAGAGGUCACUCUGUUAACUUUUGUGUAAAAUGUGCUGGAGAUCCUCAUGGCAAUUUCUAAAGUGAGAGGAGCCUUCUGAGCAGGAGUGUGCGUUGAUUCAUUCUGUUUCGAGUAAGUCCCCUAGUUGGCUGCAUUCUGGGGAGCUUCUUGGCUCUUUCAUAGUAUUUGUUCCCUGGUGGCACUGGUAUGUGAUAGUCUAUCCUCCUACUGCUGAGGUGUCUUUCAUUGAGUAAAUAGAGGAACUGUUGGGUUAUCAGGAAAGUCAUAAUGCAUUUUUUGCAUAGAAAAACAUAGAAACGUACAUCCUGACUUUUCCAACAACCUAUUAGAAUGUUUAGAGUUCACAAAAUAAUCUCUAAGCCAUGCUAAAUUAAGGGGGGGGAAAAAGGGUGGGAGAAAAAGCACUCAUAAAAAUGAGCUUAGUUGCAAUUCAGUUCCUUAAAAAGUCUCUGUUUAAAAAUGACUGUUCUUGCCAGUUCUCUAACUGGAAUUGGAACAUUGUACAAUUUUUAUCUAAACAAUCUGGGUUAAAAACACUUGGUAAUGGCAGUCAUACUUACUGACCAACUUUCAGUUUUUUUUGACCAGGAUGGUUGUAAAUCAGAGAAAAUAUCUUCAUGCUCUAAAUUCAAUCCAAAAAGCUCUAAUUACUUAAAAGCACUUAGGUGAUAAUUAAAAUUAUUUUCAUUUUCCCCAUAAAAUAAACAUUAUGAUGCACACUCCUAUUGUCUGAAUUUAUGUAAGAGGCAUAGCGUGCUUAAAAUACAUAUAUAUGUAAAGUUAUAUUUUCUUAGAAACAUGGAUGUUUGCAACUGUUGCUUUCAGAAGAGAUUACCAUGUAUUCUCCUUGUUUUCCAAUGUUUUCAUAAAGACUGUGUUAUGCCAGAGGCUUCUGAUUUUCAGUGAUAACCAGUUUUAACUGCCUGUAUGUACCAGAUUUGUGAACUAAUUUAAGGAAAAAAACACAAACUAUGAAUAAAAUGAAGUUUGCAAACCA